AUGGAAAGUAAAUGGUUUCGUUUUACAAUCGUUACACUUUUGCUGUUCCAACUGAGUGCUGGUGAAGACAAUGAAUGCACCGUCGCUUGUCCACACAUACUCGACCCGGUUUGUGCAACCGAUGGACGGAAAUUUCGGUACUUUUCCAACAGAUGCCUGCUAGAGGGUCACAAUAAGUGUGAGCCAAAUAACAGAUUCAGGGAAGUCGACGAGAGCAACUGUGAUGAUAAUGAUUGGCAAAAAUAA